AUGCCGCCGCCUCAGGCACGCUCUGUCGCGCCCGAGACAUUUUUAUUAGAUCAGGAUGCUCAGCAAAGCCUCCCACCUGACAGCGUCGUCGCCCUGCAGCAAGUCGACAAUCUCAAGUAUUUUCUCAUCUCAGCACCUGUUGACUGGCAACCGGAUCAAUACAUUCGCAGAUUCCUACUGCCAACAGGCGAAUAUGUUUCUUGUGUACUAUGGAACAAUCUCUUUCACAUUUCAGGCACAGACAUCGUGCGAUGCCUGUCAUUCAGAUUUCAGGCCUUUGGCCGCCCUGUUAAGAACUCGAAGAAGUUCGAAGAGGGCAUCUUCUCAGAUCUUCGCAAUUUGAAGUCAGGCACAGAUGCGUCGCUGGAAGAACCUAAGAGCGGGUUUCUUGAUUUCUUGUACAAGAACAACUGCAUUCGAACUCAAAAGAAGCAAAAAGUAUUUUACUGGUACAGUGUACCUCACGACCGACUGUUUCUCGAUGCUUUGGAGCGCGACCUCAAGCGAGAGAAGAUGGGUCAAGAGGCGACCACCAUGGCUGUGAGCGAGCCUGCGCUAUCCUUCGAAUUCGAUUCGUCGCAGUCCCUGUUUGAGCAGCUCACCAAGGCACAACAGACGAACUCUUCGUCAUUCAACAACAACGUUCAACCCUAUGCUCAGACUACCCCACCUGAUAUGCGGGGGAUGGAUUCGAUGCCCCCACCAAACAUGGUGCCGGUGUCUGUCCCGCAGCCGAUGCCGCCAAUGCCUCAGCCCGUUCACCACCAACCGCAGCAGCAGCAGCAACAUCAUCACCAACAACACCACCACCACCACGAAGACCCAAUGGCCCAGUACCACCAAAUGCCCAUGCCUCCAACUAUGCACCAUCCUGUCAUGAAGAGCAGAGAGCGCGAGUUCAGCGCUCAAAUGCAGUACGACCGAAACGGUAUCCCGCUUUCACAGGUUCACCAACGACACAGCUCAAUGCCAGCUUACAUGGAGUACUCACCUGCACCUUCAUUUGUCUCCUCCCACUAUGAAGACUACAGCACGCGUGGUAUGUCCUUUGAGCCCUUGACACCGCCGCAGCACCACUUGAGCCUUGGUGCGGAGCCAGCAUACAUCGCCAACGAGGACACGGGUCUCUACAGUGCCAUCCCAGAUCUUCCAGUACCAACUACAUUCAAUCCGCUUAUGAAUAUCCCACCAUCAAACCUGAUGGGUCACCCUAGCUUUCCGGGCGUCUCCAGGCCAUUCGCGCCAGGGAACGUUUACUCGGUCAUCGAGGGCUCACCAACAUAUAAGCAACGAAGAAGGCGUUCGUCACUCUCGGCUGGGAUUCAAGCUGCAGUUAGCGCCGCUGGUGCUGCUCACCAGGUUCACCGCCCUAGUGAACUCAGGCGAUCGAUUUCUAGCUCUGUUGCUCCUGUUGCUGAGGUUGAUGAGUCUACCCACAACUCGCCUGGCAGCGUUCGUGGCUCGAGCUAUGCCCCGCAGACAGCAGACUUGAAGCCCAUCGUCGACAUGUCACACUUGUCCCGACAAGGCACUCCUCUGAACACUGUCGAGGAAAGCCCAGAGCUCCAACAUGCUGUCUUGCAUCACGAGGACCUCAACAGCAUGGUCAACGGCGAACUCUUCGAGACACCUUUACAGCACAGCGCUCUGGCCCGAACCGCUGGCGCCGCGCCCGUCUAUCGACGCGCUCGCAGCGCCACCAUGAUGGAGAUCGGUCCCUACCCACAGAAGUCACAUUCAUGCCCAAUCCCGACUUGUGGUAGGCUAUUCAAGAGGUUAGAGCAUCUUAAGAGACACGUGCGUACCCACACACAAGAACGACCAUACGUUUGCCCGUUGUGCAACAAGGCCUUCUCGCGCUCAGACAACCUCGCACAACAUCGUCGCACACAUGAACCUCGUGCAGACGGCGAGCCGCUCAGCGACUACAACGAGGACGACCUCGAAGGCGAGGAAGACAUCAUCCACAUGCCAGAGGAUGAUUCCCCUGACUCUGGCAACGAUUACGGCUCUGGUCUCUCACACGUUACCGGGUCCUAUGCCGACAUUCCAGGGCCUGGGCUUGGCAUGACUACUAUGGCGACGCCACAACAGCUUAUGGCCGGUAGCCACUACUGA